AUCUCUCCGUUAAUACGGUCAGCCAGCCUGAGUUAGCUGACUUGGGAUCUUCAAGACGGGAACACAGGCAGCUGUUCGUCAGCAGGGACUUUGUGGGUUUGUGCUUGUGUGAAACUUUCCAUGGAAGUUUAACGUAGCUUUUCUGGACAGACUUGGCGAAGGACAAGUGCGCUUUCGUGUGUGCAUAGUGAUUUACUGAGGGCAAUUUGUUAAGAAUUGGUAAAGUUGCGCUUGCUUGAAUUGUUUAAAGGCAAGGUGCUCAUGUUUCAUAUAUGCUGAUCAAGCUAGAUAGAUUUUAGUUUAGGCAAAACUUACAGAUUUUCAGUUUCAUAGACCCACGUGUCUGUGAGUGUGUCUGACUUUGCACAGGAGGUUUUCUGUGUGUAUGAGAGGGCUUGUGUGUGUGGGCUGUUGUGUGUUUGCUUGCCUGUCAUGCCCCUGCCUGCUCCUGAUGUCCCUGCCUCUCGGAGGCUGACACUGGACUGCCGUAACCUUCUGGACCAUCGUGUUGGCAAGGGGGUGUGUGGUUGUUGCGGGGCCCUGAGGCCUCGCUACAAGAGGCUGGUGGACAACAUCUUCCCAGAAGACCCGGAGGAUGGGCUGGUGAAGGCCAACAUGGAGAAGCUGACGUUCUAUGCCCUGUCAGCUCCAGAGAAGCUGGACCGUAUCGGAGCCUACCUGUCGGAGAGAUUGUCAAGGGACGUGGCUCGACACAGAUAUGGGUAUGUGUGUAUAGCCAUGGAGGCUCUGGACCAGCUGCUGAUGGCCUGCCACUGCCAGAGCAUCAACCUGUUUGUGGAGAGCUUCCUGAAGAUGGUGCGCAAGCUGCUGGAGUCAGACAAGCCCAACCUCCAGAUCCUGGGAACCAACUCGUUUGUGAAGUUUGCUAACAUUGAAGAGGACACGCCAUCGUACCACCGCAGCUACGACUUCUUUGUGUCUCGCUUUAGUGAGAUGUGCCACUCGAGCUACGAGGACCCUGACAUCCGCACCAAGAUCCGCAUGGCAGGUAUCAAAGGCCUUCAGGGCGUGGUGAGGAAGACGGUGAAUGACGAGCUGCAGGCCAAUAUCUGGGACCCCCAGCACAUGGACAAAAUCGUCCCUUCUCUGCUGUUCAACCUUCAGUGUGGAGAGGGUACAGAAAGCCGCUCUCCCUCUCCUCUGCAGGCAUCGGAGAAGGAGAAGGAAAGCCCGGUGGAACUGACGGAGCGCUGCUUCAGGGAGCUGCUGGGACGCGCCGCCUACGGCAACAUCAAGAAUGCCGUCACGCCCGUGUUAAUGCACUUAGAUAACCAUUCUCUAUGGGAGGGGAAGGUCUUUGCAGUGCGUUGCUUUAAGAUCAUCAUGUACUCCAUCCAGUCGCAACAUUCUCACUUGGUAAUCCAGCAGCUCCUCGGCCAUCUGGACGCCAACAGUAAGAACUCAGCCACAGUGCGAGCUGGGAUAGUGGAAGUCCUGCUGGAGGCAGCCGCCAUUGCAGCCAGCGGCUCUGUGGGCCCCACGGUGCUUGAAGUGUUUAACACCCUGCUGCGGCAGCUCCGUCUGAGUGUGGACUACGAGCUGACCGGCUCCUAUGAUCCCACCAGCAACAUCGGCAUCAAGAUCAUCAAAACUCAUGAGGAGAGGCAGCUGCAGGAGGCUGUCAUCAGAACUAUUGGUUCAUUUGCCAAUACUCUGCCAACAUACCAAAGGUCAGAGGUCAUGCUCUUUAUCAUGGGCAAGAUCCCUGUGCCUGGGGUUCACCCAGCUCUGGUUUCCACAGCCUCUGGGCCUGAGGGAACCAGGAUGAUUCAGGUCAUGCUGCUUAAGUCCUUGGUCCAGGUGACAGCAGGCUUCCAGACCACCAACAUGCUGACGGCCCUCCCCAGCUCCUUCCUGGAGCCGCUGCUCUCCUUCUCUCUGACCGAGGAUCCAGAGGUUCGCCUGCUGGUGCUCACCAUCCUCCUCAGCCUCAUUGACCGACACGACAACAGGCCUAAGUUCUCCACCAUAAGCAUCAUCUCUGAUAUCUCUGUGCUCAAGCUCAAAGUUGACAAGUGCUCCAGACAGGACAACCUGUUCAUGAAGAAACAUGGCCAGCAGCUGUACCGACACAUCUACCUGGGCUGUAAGGAGCAGAGCAGUGGGCGGCAGCACUACGAGACCCUCUACACCCUGUUGGCUCUUCUCAGCAUGGAGCUGGCCAACGAAGAGGUGGUGGUGGACCUCAUCCGCCUGGCACUGGCCCUGCAGGACCUGGCCCUGUCGACAGAUGAGUCUCUGCCGAUUUAUAACCGCUGUGCUGUCCAUGCCCUCGCUGCUGCCUACCUCAACCUCAUCUGCCAACUCACCACGGUCCCAGCCUUCUGCCAGCACAUCCAUGAGGUGAUUGAGGUGAGACAGAAAGAGAGUCCCUACCUUUUGCCUGAGGAUGUCUUCAUAGAUAAUCCCAAGCUGCCUUCAUCACUGGAGAAGGCAGAAGGGGAUGUGUUGUUCUUGCAGUCCAAGAUCACUGAGGUCCUGGGAGGCAGCGGUUAUAACACAGAGAGACUGGCCACACCCUACGUCCCUCAGUACACUGAUGAAGACCGCCUGUCCAAGAGAAAGAGCAUCGGAGAAACCAUUUCACUGCAGGUGGAGGUAGAGUCCCGUAACAGUCCAGAGAAAGAGGAGAGGACGCCAGCGGAGGAGAUUACCUUUGAAACCCUGAAAAAUGCCAUCGUGGACAGCGUGGGUAUGGAGGAGCAGGAGAGGGAGCGUAGGAGGCAAGUGGUGGAGAAAUUCCAGAAAGCCCCGUUUGAGGAGAUAGCUGCCCACUGCGGUGCCAGGGCCACACUGCUGCAGAGCAAACUGAAUCAGAUCUUCGAAAUUACAAUAAGGCCCCCGCCCAGCCCAUCUGGAACUAUCUCCUCAGGAUAUGGCCAAAGUCAGAGUCGAUCUGUACCUGUCUACGAGAUGAAGUUUCCUGACCUUUGCGUGUACUAGUCAGACGUUUUCACCGUGACAUCAUAGAACUUGAGUAAAGUGGAGUCAGGAGUGGUUUUUCGGAGAGGGGCAAACUCUCUUUCCUCUGGAACUUCACCAUCAAUUCAGAGAACCCCAGGGAAUGAUGGGACAGUCACAGUGUUUGCAGACACCUAUUGAUUUCUCUAACCACCUGAAAUGACAUUUUCUUUUUCCCUGUGACCGCAGACAAAAACAAGCUGACAAAUGUAAAUGAAUGCAGCAAGCAACGCAAACUUAAAUUGAUCCUUUUGCCCUCAGUUACCCUCAGCGUUCUGUUUGGUUUACGUCAAGCAUUUCUUAGGAGUGUUUACAACCGAGACAUUGCCAAGAACCGUGGGAGAAAUUUAGUAACGGUGAAAAAACGUCCUGAGGCCCACACUUUGCAGCUCAGUUAAAUUGCUGCUCACCCUGUAACUGGAAACAUAAUCCUUGAUGGCAUUACAAGGUUUUUUGACAGGUUAAUUCAUUGUUAGGGUGCCAUACUACCCUUUCACAUAUAAACAUCUUUUUACAUUCAUUUUAUUAUCAUUAUUUUAUGGUCAAAGGAAGAUCCUAUGGGAAUUGGAGGCAUUACAUUUUUUAAUUGUAUUUUUGGUGGAUUCUGCACUGCUAAAAAUAAUAUUCACUACGUUUCAGUGAUAUAAUGACAGUGAUAUGGAAACACACAAGUCCUUUUUUUAAAGAAUUUUAGCCAUAUAUGCUUCUGUUUUAUUUAGGGCAUUCCCUGACCUUGUCUUAUUAUAAUUAUUAUUAUUAUUUUUAUGUUGCUAUGUUAAUUGCUGACCUGUGUGCUAUCCUCCCAAAGUGAGUGUGCCUUAUAGGUGACUCAAGUGGAAAUUAGACUGAGGUGUUGUCACUCAGUCCACAACACACUCAUACUGCACUGCAUAGGCAAAAAAAAACCAUCAUUACCACCAGAAACACCUGAGGAUCAGAAUGGAUUAUUACAGUGUUUAACAGAUCAACAAGCAGAAAAUCAUUCAAGAAAGUUUUUUUUUUUCCUCUUGCCAUAUAAAUGUGUACAUACAGAGAAAUAUAGUAUAAAUAUGUAAGUUGAUGUAUAGGAGUGUUUUGUGUGUAUAUAUUCAAUCUGAUUUUAGACCGUCACUGCACUGAUCCUGGCCAUAGAUAAUGGGCAAAAACUACUAAGGUAGUGUUAAGAAGUUUUUAAUUUUGUCCACAAAUAACAAACCAGCGUGAUAGAUGAAGAUAGAUACUGACAAGAGACUGAGCAGCCUGUGUCAAAAUACAGGUCAUACUAGUGAGCUCUCAAAGUAUCUCUCCAAAAUAGCACCAAGGCCGCAUUUUGUAAUAACUUGCUGCAUUUUGUAAUAAAAAGCCUGAAACGCAAAAUGUAAAACUUA